CCAUGAGGACCCUCGCCCUCCUCGCUGCCCUUCUCCUGCUGGCCCUCCAGGCUCAGGCUGAGCCUAUCCGAGGAAAUGCUGAGGAGGCCAAAGACAAGGACCAGACAGGGGAUGAGGACCAGGAAAUGUCCAUCUCCUUUGGAGCGGGUCCGGACAUGGCUCUUCAGCAAGCAGUCCUAAGGAAGAACGCGGUCUGCCGCUGCAAAAAAGGGUCCUGUGGUAGAGGGGAACACCACCAAGGGGCCUGCCUCCGCCCCGGGAAGCGCCACAUUCUCUGCUGCCACUGAGCACCGAGAACAGAGGGAUGCAAGUUCCUAAUUUGCUGAGAGACCUAGGAGGAAACUGUAAUGCCAAGCCUCCUCCUCUGUUUUCUUUACUUGCCCCAA